AUGAAAACCAUACUGAAGCAAUUUUACAUUUUCAUUAUUUUAUUAAGUAUCAAUGAAGUAACCUUAGGAAAUGAAGAGAAUAUAUACGGUGAACAAUUGAAAAGACCACAAUGUCAUCUCUUAUGCGGAAUUUGUAGACGUAUAGGAAGAUUGAUAAAAACGUUCAUUGAACAUGAACCAUUCCUCCCAUUAACCUCAAAAAUAAUAUCUCAGAUAUGCGAAUUAAUUCCUGAAGAACAGUGGAAAGAUGAAUGUCUAGACAUUACACACUAUUUACCGAGGACAAUUCAUCAAUUGGCUCAUCAUAUCAAUGUUACCUUAGAAUGUUCUAAACUAGGUUUCUGUCACCAUGAACACACAAUGUUAUCAGAUUCUGAAAUUUCAUCAUGCAUUAAUGAGCAUAUAAAUUAUGGCUUGUCUUUAGCCAAAUCACCAGAAUAUGAAGAGAUAAUCAUAAAGAAUAUAUGUAAACAUCAUGCAGCUGAUAAACACAAAAUCAAUAUUGUGAACUCAUCAUCUCAUGUUAGUGCAUGUGAAUCAAGUUGAAAAUGUAAUUUUUUCAGUUCUAAUUAAGUUAUUUUUAUUAUUUUACUUCACCUUAAUUACUGUUAGAGCUAUGAGAGCAAUUAUCACUUCAUGGUCGCCCACCCCAAGAAAAGGUUCUUCUCGCGAUAUCUGAAAAGGAAAUUGGAUUAAAGGUAGUCUUAGUGACCUGAGAGAGUGACUGCAGUGACCAAGGGACAACUACUGGAGGUCGGUCACACACGAUGUUUUUGUGAUCAAUUUUCGUGUUAGCUCCAUACUUGUUGAGACCUUACCAACGGAGACGGAUAUCCGUGGGAUAAGGUGAGAUGUGCAUUUUUAGGGUCGACCUUUUCUAACCCCACCCCUUCUUUUAAGAAGGCAGUCUCACUGUCAUGCUGGUUAUCUGAAGGAAACACCUUACUACCGUCACGCCUCUGUACAAUCAGCAGUACAACAUCGCCUUCGGACCCUGGAUUUAUUGCUUUUAGUUUAACGACUCUUCAACCGACCUGUCUGACGUGGUAGGACUUUGAGGAACGAUUGUUUGGUUGAUCACGAUAGGCGAGCUCGACCACCACGUCAAGGUAGCAGCAAUGGUCUGGUCAUAAUCGAUCACAAUGGCGUCGGUGUAUACACUCUCUGUCUUCGCUGAAAUCGUGAGAUUAAAAUUACUUUAUACCUUUCCUACUAAUUCUUCCCUCCUGUACUAUCUCCUUAUACACAAUCUUUCUUUUAUAUUACUACCUUUUAAGUAACUAUGAAUUUGAUGUUCAUCUUGUUGUGCGAAUGAGGUAUGGCAACUUGAACUGAUGCAUAUAUAUGCCUGGUCUUACGUUAUAGCUGAUGGACUGAAUAACUUCACCUUGAGAAAUGAAGGAUAUUAAUUGUGAUCAGUUGUAAAAUUUUGAAUGAUCAAUGUUUCAAAUUAGAAUGAAACAGCUAUUUUCAGUGAUUAUUCAUCUGAACUUGUCUUUAACAUGAAUAAACGUUUCCAUAAAACAAUUUAAUUCAGUCAUUUAAACUAAAGAUAAAUGAUUAAAAAGCGGCAAAUUUGGAUCUUGACAGUACAUCGAACCUGAGAAUCGAAAUCAGAACUUUCGAUUUAGUAUGUAAAAGCUUAAUACCUAGACCGCUGAGACUUGAUAUAGUUGUGUGUGUGUCGAAUUUCAUUCAGUCCACGAUAUUUCAUGACCAUCCUUCUUUGUCUUCGAUGGUCAUCUUCCUCAUAGCCGACAAGGUUGAACUAUGAUCUGUUCAUGGUCGCAACGAAAUUCAACAAUCUACACAAGCUUAUAUUGACAAUACAAGUCUUGUAUAAACAUUUUCAGAUAUUUUUCGUCCUCAAACUACUUGCUGGUAGUGUUUUUCAAAGACAUUUUCAUUAAUAAAAUAAGCUGUUUGAAAAUAAAGAUUUUAAAGCUCAUAAGGAGAGCGCAAUUAAUAUGAUCAUCGGGUCGACUUUUAAUGACAUACAUUUAUGUGACGAAUGCUACCUACAGAAUAAAUUGAUCUUCAUUAAACCACUUCAACUAGAGCUAAAUUAUGAUCUCACUAGUGAUUCAAUUCGUGAUACGUUCCUGAAGUUCUAGUUAGAAGUCAUAGCCCAUGGAGUUGAAAAAUCUCGGUUGAGAAAAAGUCGACACCAGUAUUUUUGGCUGAUAAUCGAGAUACAAUAAAUUUCUUGAAUUUGAGAUUGUUUUCCAGUAAAUUAUAUCCCAACGGUUUUAAUGAGUGAGUACUCUCCCUCGAGACCUUAAGAUCCACAAUUCUAUUUUUGGUGUGUGGUUUUGAAGUAUACCCUUCUGACGAGCCCUACGUUUAGAUGAAACAGAUAUCUAGUGGUUCCUGGUACUCAAAAAUUAUCGAUCAGGGAUAAAUAUCAUCUAAAGAAUAAUAUGAUCUUUCCGUCUAAAGUAAACAGCAGGAACGUACAUAGUAAAAUUUCAUCAUACUACUGAUCAAAAUUCUAUAUACUGGUCAAUUGAAUAUGGAGAAUAAAGGUUUAUUGAUUCCAUACUGUCAGAAUUACCAAUUUGUUGAGAAGUUCAUUCCUCAUGUGUAUACUCUUUGACUCUCAUCUCAUUGUGUGUGCUGUCGACUAAGUAUUAAGCACUUUCUAUUUCAUUCUUUUUUAAUUAUGUUAAACGUGUCAUUAAAAUGAUAGAUCCUAUUCUUGACUAAAUCAUUAGUAAGACUAAACUUUUCAGUCACUAUAUUACUUAUGCAAUUAAUCAAGAUAUGAAUGACUUUAUGUAAUCCUUUCUUGUAUGGUUGCAUAACAGACAAUUAACUUUAGAAUUUACUGAUCAAUUAAUCACUAACAGUAAAAACGAAUCUGUUCUGCAAAAAAGGGGUGUAUCAUUGCCAAGUAAUAGGCAUAGUAAGUAUUUUUACUGUUAUUGUACUGAACGAAAACACAAGUGGGAAUAAUCAAAUGUGUUUAAACUCGAAAUUACAGAAUCCCUUAAUAAAAUCUGAUAACCAUACAGUAAAUAAUUCAUUUGGAAAAUGUCAUUCAUUUUUUAUUGUUCUUUUGUUUCUACAUCAAUCACUCUUUGUUCUUGUUCUGUUUUAUUUUAUUUUCUUAACCUUAUGCCGCCAAACAUUUCAAUUUCGAUUGAUAAUACAUACUACUUAUGUCUAUCGACAUCAGUAGCACAUAUCACAAUAUCAUUUCAACUGAAUCGAUUUUUGUGAUGUAAUUUCAUCUAUCCUCCUAUAGACAUACAUUUUCCAUAUAAUGAUAUGAAUAUAUCGAUAAUAUAUAAUAAUACAAACACUUGAUUGUUACUAUUUCGAAUAUUUAUCAACUCUCUAAUAUACGUUUUUUUCAUCGAGAUCAUGGACUGGUUGAUAUUAGACCACCGUGGAAAACCUGGA